AUGACCUCCAUGGCCAUGGCUUAUGGAGUUCAUGGCUUUGAUCCCAACGGCAAUGGCAAUGGUGGUGGUUGGGACUUUGCCCAUGCAACUUUCUAUGGCGACAUGAGUGGCCAAGCGACCAUGGAGGGAGCUUGUGGAUACGGAGACCUGUUUGCUCAAGGCUACGGCCUGGAAACGACGGCUCUGAGCACCGCUCUCUUCGACAAUGGCGCCGCUUGCGGAGCCUGCUUCGAGAUCGUCUGCGUCAACGAGAGACAGUGGUGCAAGCACGGCGUCAUCCGAGUGACGGCCACAAACUUCUGCCCGCCGAACUACACCAAAACGAACGAGAACUGGUGCAACCCUCCCCUGAAGCACUUCGAUCUCUCCAUGCCGAUGUUCCUCAAGAUCGCGGUCUACGAGGCCGGCAUCGUCCCGGUGUCCUUCCGGCGAGUUCCGUGCUACAAGAGAGGCGGAAUUAGGUUUGAGAUCAAGGGGAAUCCGUACUGGAUUCUGGUGCUGGUUUACAACGUGGGAGGCUCCGGCGAUGUUGUGGAUAUGGCGGUUAAGGGAUCGGGGACUGGUUGGAUGAAGAUGACGAGAAACUGGGGGCAGAACUGGCAGACUUCGGCCGAUUUGGUAGGCCAGAGUUUGUCGUUCCGAGUGACGGGCGGCGACGGGCGGACGGUGCAGUCGGAUGGCGUUGCUCCGCCGAACUGGGGGUUUGGGCAGACGUUCGAGGGGAAUAACUUUUGAGGUCUUGUUGGAAAAAUUACAGUUAUGAUUAAAAAAUUAAAUUGUUUUCUUAUUA